ACACCAAUCUAUAUGUUAGUGUGUGAAGUUACUCGCUGUAUAUACAAAAGGAAAUCAAUGUGUCCACACUAUUAAACGACAGUGAUUGGUGUGUAAAAAUGAAAUGGGGCAUUGGGUGAAAGUACUCUUGGGUUGGAGGUCUUAUAUCAGAUCAGUCACAGUCUGCCAACAGCCGUGCAGGAUGUGGAUAGAAGUUCUGCGUUGCUCCUAAUGACCAGAUUUCUUACUAAUUCUGACGGAAAUGUUGCAGAUAAUAUGGAUAUGGUGUUUAAUUGUGUCAGUGGCUGAUUUGACAUUGGCCCUUGAAAAUGGUCUCGUGAAAACACCACCGAUGGGCUGGCUUGCCUGGGAACGAUUCAGGUGUAAUACAGACUGCAAAAAUGAUCCUGAAAAUUGUAUCAGUGAUCGACUCUUUCGUACAAUGGCAGACAUUGUUGUAGCAGAAGGCUAUGCUGCAGUUGGAUAUGAAUAUAUCAAUAUUGAUGAUUGUUGGCUGGAAAAAGAUAGAAGUGUUAAUGGUCAAUUAGUACCAGAUAGACAAAGAUUUCCAUAUGGCAUGAAAAGUCUUGCUAAUUAUAUUCAUUCAAAAGGUCUUAAAUUUGGAAUUUAUGAGGAUUUUGGUAACUAUACAUGUGCUGGUUAUCCUGGAAUAUUAGGAUAUUUAGAAACUGAUGCACAUACUUUUGCAUCAUGGGAUGUUGAUUAUGUAAAAUUAGAUGGAUGUUAUUCCCAUCCUUCAGAGAUGGAUAGAGGAUAUCCUGAAUUUGGAUUCUACUUAAAUCAAACUGGUCGAGCAAUGGUAUAUUCUUGUAGUUGGCCAGUUUAUCAAAUUUAUGCUGGCAUGCAGCCAAAUUACACUGCUAUAACAGAACAUUGUAAUUUGUGGAGAAAUUUUGAUGAUAUACAAGAUUCGUGGAAUAGUUUAGAAACCAUUAUUGAUUAUUAUGGAAACAAUCAAGAUGUGAUUGUACCAAAUGCUGGUCCUGGCCAUUGGAAUGAUCCUGAUAUGUUGAUUAUUGGAAAUUUCGGAUUAAGCUAUGAACAAAGCAAAACACAAAUGGCAUUAUGGGCAAUUUUAGCUGCACCAUUAUUAAUGUCUGUUGAUCUAAGAACAAUCAGGCCAGAGUACAAAGCUAUUUUACAAAAUAGAAAAAUUAUUGCUGUAGAUCAAGAUCCAUUAGGUAUACAAGGUCGACGAAUUUAUAAACACAAAGGUAUUGAAAUUUGGGCGAGACCAAUUACUCCUGUUUAUCAGAAUUAUUUUUCUUACGCUGUAGCGUUUAUGAACAGAAGAACAGAUGGUACGCCUUCUGAUGUAUCUGUUACAUUAAAAGAACUUGGAUUACAGUAUCCUGGAGGAUAUAAUGUUGAGGAUCUAUAUGAAGAUGUAAAUUACGGUGUUUUAACACCGCAAACAAAAAUAAAAGUUAAAGUUAAUCCUUCCGGAGUUGUAAUAUUACGCUGCAAUUUACAUUUAGAGGAUAUUUUUAAUACAAAUGAAUUUUCGCAAUAUACACCAUCGAAUCAACUAUUUAAAGUGAGACAGAACUCAUUUAAGUAAUACAAAUUAAUUUUUAUUAACCAAUUUUAACUGUAAUUUAAUUCUUUUUUGUAAUAUUUGACAAAAAAAAUGUUACCAUACUUUAUUAAGAGAAUAGGAAAUAAAGAAUUUUAUAAUCUGUAAACAUUAAGAUUUGUUAAAUAAUGUUAUAUAGUU